CGUUAGUGAAUGCCUCUGCGGGAUGUGCUGAUGAUGUGAUCUCAGUGGAAGGUGAGCACUGGAAGAGUCCACUCCUCUCCGUGGAUCAGCAAGGAACUCCGGACGCCAUGGCAUCGCGCUGGCGACGGCCGCUCUGAUUGGGUGGCUGGAGCCACGUGCCUGCCUUGGUCUAUAUUAGGAAUAUUUACUUCCUUUGCGAAGGAAGUGAAAAAUCUGCUAUGGUGAUCAGGGGUAGACAGCAAUCAACUAAAGCAACGCAUCUUAUUCUGCUGCAGCCCGUCAUUGGAAGAAUGAACUCUUAUUUAGAAUACAUUCCUAGCACAGACAUUCUGACGUUUACGCCUAAGUUCUGUCACAGUAAUCCUCCAGCAGUCUCCCUGCAGCAGUGCUUCGGACAAGGUCGGUAUGUUUCAGCUGAGCCAGUAGAUGAUCCAUCUCCCACCCCACCUCACCUUCAUCAGUCGGCGCCUGCUACUCUCGAACUUUCCUAUGACUCCUCUCCAUCUGCAGAUGUGCACUUCUUACCCCAGAGCAACGUCGGCUAUGACUUUCCUUAUGCUGCUAACCAGGAGCAGGAUGACACUGGGGAACUGCUCCCAUACAUCACCUCUGUUUACUCAGGAAGCGCCUCUUUUCCGCUCACUGCGCGCCAACACGAAUACAACAAUGUCUUUGUUGAGCAGGAACAACACCAAACCUAUGGCAAGGAGUUCCCAAACUUUUACCCUGGGCAUUAUCAGAGUCUGUCGACGUCUCAGAGCAGAUACCUAAGGUCGGAGUCUCCUACAGGACAGAAAAUCGCUGCAGCAAAUACCUUUGAGUGGAUGAAAGUGAAGCGAAAUCCUCCAAAAACAGCUAAAGCAACUGACUAUGGGAUCCCCAGCUCACCCAGCACAGCUCGUACAAACUUUACUACCAAACAGUUGACGGAACUGGAGAAGGAAUUUCAUUUUAAUAAAUACUUGACACGAGCCAGACGGGUGGAAAUAGCGAACGUACUACAACUCAGUGAAACCCAGGUGAAGAUUUGGUUCCAGAACAGGAGGAUGAAACAAAAGAAAAGGGAGAGAGAAGGUUUUCUUGCCAAUUUGGCUGCUGUGAACUCUACUCAGGAUUCACUUUUUACAGAAAGUUCGGAUAAAUCGGACACUGCCUCACCUUUGCCUUCCCCAUCAACAAAAAAAUCAUCAGAAAAUCUAAACUUUGUUGAGCCGAAGCAAAUGCUUUGA